ACUCAUUUUGCUGUUAACGUCUGGAAAAGUCACCGGCUUGCCUGCACUCAAGAUUGUUCGUCCAUUUUCAGUAGAAACCAGGUAAUUUGUGAGGAUUUGAGUGUCUUUUUUCUACCUUUCUUUGUUGUGAGAAUGUCUUCUGAAGAGACACUUAGUGACGGCAGAGUGAGGGGGAGGGUUGAGGAGGUAGAGAGUAGGGAUUUGGGGGUGCCGUCGAACAUUCUGGAGAGAGAGGAUGGGAGAGAGCCAUGUUUCAACCCUGAGGAGGAAGUUGUUAGUGAGGUGGCAGGGUAUGAAACAACUUUGGAGAAUAGGGGUAGUUUGGCCCACUUGGUUGAGAACUAUGAGGUCCCCGGGCGUGUGUUGGUGAGGCCGGCGGGGAGUAGAGAGAGAGCGUGUUCGGCCCUGAGGGACCACUGGAUGCCUCUCUACUCCCAUUACCUGGCGACUGGGUUGCGGUUUCCUCUCCCAGACCUAUUGGUGUGGUUGUUGUUGGAGUAUGGUCUGGGGCUAACGCAACUCACCCCCAAUGCCGUGAGGUUAGUGGUGGCGUUUGCAGUAUAUAGCCGAAGUCGGGGGGUGAGUUUUCCUACUGCUAACGUAUUCAAGUACUUUUAUGUCUUGAACGCCGGUAGUGGUAGGGAGAAGGGGUGGUAUUAUUUUACGGGCCGGGUAACGAAUAAGCAGAAGAGGGGUUUGUUUAGCGCUGGGCCGUCUUCCAUUAAGGGGUGGAAAGAUAAGUUCUUUUUUGCGGAUGACACGGAGUGGGAUAAGACUGAUGCUGAGGUAGAGCACUUAAGUCGUUGGAAGGCGAAAGGGUUAAACCUCAACGAGUAUAGUCUGACCCCGGGGGAGAUAGAGGAUGUGGAGGAGUUGGAAAGGGGGGAAGAAAUGAACAAGUUUUUGGACGCAACCGGUGGAGCUGGAAUUCCAAAGAAGGGAAGAGGGAAGAGAGGUGAGGUCAAGAGGCGGGGGGAGGAGAUUUCGAUGCCUCAAGCCGAAGUGGGAAACUUGGCCAUUUCUCAGCCUAGCCGCGUUGGGGGUGAAGUGACGGUUGUUGAGGAGGGGCCCAUUGUAGGAAAGAGGAAGAGGUUGGAGAGGCUAGAGGCCAUGGAGGAGAUAGAGGAGGUACGAGAGCCUGUGACCUCAACCCUCCGUCUGGAAAGGACCUCAUCAGCCUCGGCUGCUGAGUUCGCUGCUGCGCUCCGGGAGCAAGGCGUGCCGAAGGACGAGGUGGCUGCCAGGGGUUCAGUUGGCGUUGUCCGUCAAACACUGGAGGCUGUUAAUCUCGUGAAUGCCUUGGCCAACGAGCAUCACGAGAGUUUGAAAGAGAGGAACCAGAUGAGGAAGGAUAACGCCGAGCUCGUCAAGAAGAAUGAGGAGGCCGAGGACAAGGUGGCGAGACUGAAAGCGGAGAUGGAGGAACUCCGGAAAGAAAAUGCUACCUUUAAAAAGGACUCGGAGAUCUCGUACCAGAAGAGGAAGAUAUGCGAGGCUAAGCUCGAGAAGAAGGAGAAGGAGCUGGGGGAUGCAGGGAGGACAGUGGCUGAGUUGGAGCUCAAAGUUCACAACUCAGUCGAAGAGCAUGUGGAGGGGUUCCUGAGGUCCGGCACCUUCGAGGACAUCGUCAAUCUCUACUGUCUUCCCACUGCCAUCGUGGCCUUCGCUAACUGCUGGAAGAAGGUAAAGCUGCAAUAUCCUGCUGUGGACGUGACGAAGAUUACCUUCGGAGAGCAGGAAGGGGAGGUGGAGGAGGACGGAGAGAGCAGUACUGCUGACUUCCGCCCCGAGAUAACGCUGAAGUGGGAGAGGGAUAGCAGAGGUCAAACCGUCUUACCUCCUAAGUUCAGCUUUGAAUUCGUGGCAGUGAAGGAAGAGGGAACCGAAGGUGGCGAAGUUACCGAAGGUGCUGAAAAGUUAGCUGAAGGUGCUGACCAGCCAAGUCAGCCUGCUGAGAACCCUGAGCAGCCUGCGGCCAACCCGGAUCAAACUGCUGGCUAAAUUUGACCUCGUUUUUUUUUUUUUUUUUUUUUGAGAUUCUUUGUAAACGAUUAGGAUUUAAUGAAAUGAAAUUGAUUUG